UGUGACUAGAUAAAUGACAAUUUAGAUCAGUCUUUAAUUCUCUUGACCUGAUGUCGAACUAGCCUCCAUAGUUAUUCAACAGCUGCAGCAAUACACCUUUCGGACUAGACGACAAAAUCUACUUGAAUUAAUAACUGAACUAGAUGGAUGAUAAGGAAAUUCGACGUCAGAAGAAAACUAAAGAUGAUGAAAACAAAAUCGCCAAAAUGAAACAACAUUUAUGUACACUGGGUGGUAGAAGUACAUUUCACGGUGUUGACGUUCUCUUAGAAGUCAAGCCUGGUUGGAGUAGACGUUUAACUCUUCUGAUUUUAUUGUCAAUGUGUGUAGGAUGUUUCAUCACAGUAUCUGAUCUGGUAGCAGGAUUUGUCAAUAUGCCUAUUUCAACUGUAAUUAAUUAUGAGCAGAAAAAUUUUGAAUUUCCCACUGUCAAUAUUUGUCCAGAUAGUCCAAUGAGUAUUGAAAGAUUGAAUAACUAUCCUGAACUUAGAGCGAAGUAUAUACAAAUUGCUGAUUACUGGAUUUCUCAAGCUUCAUCAAACCUCACAAAAUGCUCACCUAAAGAUGGAGAUUGGCGAGUUCGCACUAAGCGUACUUUUCGUCCACACUUUUUAUAUAACCGAUCCUGGUUAAUGUGGAAGUGGUCAGAUUUUUUUGUAAGUUGCGAAUAUGGUGGUGUACCUUGUAAUCUGGACCCAGUUAGUAUGGAUAUUCCGGUGGGUAUUAUGUCGCAUGCGAAUAAUCUACCACUUGGUCAUGAAGGCAUAGCAAAUUUGGGAAUUGAAUUAAAAGGUAUAAUAAAAGCCGUUAGCACAAGUUUAAUAAAUAGUUUGCCAUCAAUGUGGUCAAAUGAUAAACCUGUUGUUCAAGAACAAAACACAGAUCCCAAGAAUUGGUCACAUGGAAGAAUUAUUCUAAUUGAUCACCCAUCAAAAUAUAUUUGUUAUCAGAUCACAUUGAAUAAUACUAUGGUUCGUGAACCAGGAUCAACUAAAGGUUUGCACCUAGUUUUACGUCGACCGUAUCGAAGAAAUGUAACACAACCAGGAUUGUUGACGGUUGAUUCAAAGCCUUCCAUUAUGCAGGCUUGGGAUGAUAGACUCUUUUUUUCCAGUGAAUCAAGUAAUAAAAAAGUCAAUGAUAUAAAAAAUGCUCAUCAAUUUGAUGGUUUUCAUAUUAUGAUGCAUGAAAAUAAAAAGAAUGGUUUUGCUGGUGAUCUACCCGCGGAUGAUGUAUUUAAAGCUGGAAGUACACGAUCCAUUAUUUCAUUUGGACUUCGAUUUGGUCAGUAUGUUAGCGUCAGUAUAAGUCAAUAUAUUCAUCAAAGACUGUCAACAUUUUUUCGACCAUGUCGAGAAAUUAUUGCGCAUCACAAAUACUUACAAAUGUCUGAUUUCUUCUCUUCCGGUGGUAAUCGUUGGAGAUAUUAUAGAUUAGGCUAUACACAUACAAAUUGUGUUGCACAAAUGCGACAACUUGUUAUGCUAAAACAGUGUAAUUGCCUAUCUGAAGACUAUUUAAUUCCUACACAAAUGGUCAAUGCUUUAGUUGAAAAUGGAUUCUGCCAUUCACCGAGUAAAAAAUAUCAAAGCGGAACACCGGAAUUUAUUGAAAGAAUUGCGUGUCAUGACCGUAUUGCAGCUUUGCCGCGUGAAAAAAUUGUUGAAAUGACAAUACCUAAGGUUUAUGAAACAACUAUACUGGUACAAUUAACACCGGAAUUAGAAAGACUAUGGAAUUGUCCUAAAUUUUGUGAAGAACUCGUUAUUCAACCUGAAAUUAUUCAACAUCAAACUAUCCUUAACCAUAUCAAUGUCAAAGAUAAUAAACAACAAUCGUCUGAUGAAGAGAUUACUUCAGAAGAUCUGGCUAUUAUCAGUGUUUAUGCUAGUGAAGCCAGUGUACCGAUAAUGAGUGAAGGUGAACAAAUGAGUAUUUUCAGUUUGAUCGCUUCAAUUGGUGGAGCGUUCGGUUUAUUCUUAGGAUUAUCUGGAGUAACAUUGUUUGAAAUUAUUGAAGCCUUAUGUGUGAUUAUAUACACUUUACCGGCAAUGUUCAGAAUACUUGGACGCAGAAUCACUUCGAAGUGGAUUAUCAAACAAAAAAGACGGGAGCAAGAAUCUUGAGUGAAAUGAUUAGCUCAAUACUUCCUAAAUACAUUCAACAGUUUUGGCGGAAAAAUCUCACUGAUUUAAACAAUCUAGUUAUUUUUCAAUAUCUCAAACUGCCUAUGUGUGAUAAACUAAAAGGAACUUAUCCUGCUAAUCUAUACUCUUUUCAGUUACAUCACCAAAUCGUGAUGAGUUUUUGACACCAUCAACAUCUUUUCUUCUCUGC